AUGUCUACGGCUUCCACCGCUGCCAUGUCCCCAGAAACCUGGCGGCGUGUGCCUGCCACGGCUGCAGCCCUUUUCGGCAUCACGAUCCCCUACCGUCCGCCUAGCAACCGCAUUGGCGCGUUCUUCUGGCGGAAGCGCAUGUUGUUCGAAACCACGACAGGCCUAUGCCUGCUUGAGUCGUGGGAGAAGACGCUCAUGCUCUUCCUUAUCUAUUCAAUCCUGACCCUUGCCAUCACGGGCGUGUACAAGUACGCUCCACAGUCCGCCGUAUACGUCACGCAGCGGACGGCCUACUACUUCCUCGGCCAUGAGCCGGAGCACAGCGCCACUGCCCCGGUCGUGGAUUGGACUGUGCACAAUCUCACAGGAGAACUGUAG